AUGGCUUUUGUACACCGACUGUAUCUCCUCACAGCAACUAUUUCUCUCUUCUCCGCCGCUCUUUCCGCCGCCCAAACGCCUCCGCAGGCCCUUCUUGAUGCGGCGGAGACGCUUGCAAACUCCGGCUACAUUGCCAUGUCCCUUACUGUUCAACUCAUUGCCCCUACACUCCCACUCCCCUCCGCCACCACCACCUCCACUACUACCACCCUCACCAUCUUCUCCCCACCAGACACCGCUUUCAAAACUUUCGGCCAGCCCUCCCUUGCCGACCUCCUCCUCCACUUCUCGCCUCUCUCGCUCUCCCCUACAUUCCUCCUCUCCCUCCCGUUUUCUUCGAAAAUCCCCACUCUCUCCACCUCCCACCACCUCACAAUCACCACUCCUCCUGACUCGAAGAACGUUGAAAUCUCUAUCAACAAUGUGACGAUUGCUAUAUCGCCCAUUUUCGACGAUGGGUCGGUAUUAGUUUACGCCAUUGACUCCUUCUUUGGAUUGAAUUUUAGACUAUCAAACACCUCGAUAACUGGAAAUAUUAACCCAGAUCGAGACUUGAAAUGCCUCAAAUUGGAGAAGCCCUCACGGUUUCAAGAGGCGUCUGAGGCUUUGAAGUCUAGAGGUUACGCGAUAAUGGCCUCGUUUCUGGACUUACAGUUGAUUGGAUUUACUGGUGGGUUUCCAGAGAAAUUGAAGUUGACUGUUUUUGCGCCUGUAGAUGAGGAAUUGGUGCAAUUCUCUGGGGAUUUUCCGGGGUAUUCCUCGUUGUUCAUGAGGCAUUUGGUGCCUUGCAAAGUGGGUUGGAAUGAACUUAAUCAGAUGGGCAAUGGGACUGUACUGCCAAACAAUGCCGAGGGAUUCAGUUUAGAGAUUACUAGAAAUGAAGAUGAUGAAGCGUUAAUGGUGAACGGAGUUGAAAUCACAUUCCCAGGCUUGCAUGACAGUGAGUGGCUGGCGAUUCAUGGGAUCCGUGGAUUGAUUGCAGAACCUGAGACUACAGAGGAGGAAACUGAAAUGGAGGAGUACUCUGCGACAAAAGUCUAG